GGCUAAAGAUGUUUGGGUUGCAUUGUUGUAGGCUGCAAUUUUCCAGCGUUCGUCUACGUCUCGGAGACGGCGCCACCAGCCUACCGCGGAUUGUUCCUGUCCCUGAACGCCCUGAUGUCCUCUCUGGGUCUGGUUUACAUCUACUCCCUGGGCGGCUACUUCCCGUGGGUCUACGCUGCAGGGGCCACUUGUCUCAUGGCCACCGCAGGGCUCGUUCUCACCUUCUUCCUCCACGAUUCGCCGGCCUGGCUCGUUCGGAAUGGAAAGCUCGAGGCCGCUCAGAAGAGUCUCCGACGGAUUGAGGAUAACGCCGCCAACGUUGAGAUCAAGCUGAAGGAGCUACAAGAAACGGCCAAAAAUGAGCCCACGACCAGCUUCAACCUUCGAAUUUUCAUCGAACCCACCGUCUGGAAGCCUUUCAUGCAGGUGCUGGCCAUGUCGGUGCUGCAGAACAUCGCCGGGUUCUACAUCGUGAUCUACUACACG